GACCGUCGCGCUACCCUCAGUUCUCGCGGGGCUACCAUCCUGACAAAACGUCAAAGGUUCGAACCUCGACUGGCUACGGUUGAACCGAUUUGAUAAUCGUUAAUUGUAAAUAUUGUUGAAAGGAAAUUUUCAAAUUAACGUCAAACGAAAGUUCACCCAGCCAACCGCCGCGAAUAAUUCCACUACUUUCGCUCCGUCGGUUCAUCUGCAGGCGGCAAGCAUCGCGUUUUUCGAAUCUGAAAGGACCACCGUAAUAAAACAAAUCUGUGUUUCUAAUUAUCGUUCUUUAUUCGUUCUCAUUGUACAACCUGUGCCGACGUUAAUUGGUGAUUGAUGAAUAAUUAUCGUUCGACGAUCGUUUCGUGCUUCGCCGAGAGAAAAUAAUUCAUUAUUUUGGAAUACCUAAUACCAUUGAAGAUUAUCUGCGUUCAAGAUGAUUACAGCCCUCCCCGUGCCCUCGGUAAAAGUAUUCCACAAAACGUAUUACCAAGAAAAAUGUCCAAGAAUCGGGGGCAGCCAACCGGGAAGUCCGUUGACGGAAAGCGAGGCGGUUUUAGCCUUACUCGACAAGGAACCCCCGGAAUAUUACUUCUGCGGGAAGGUGAAUUCUCUUCACGUGGUGGUCGGUUCGCUUCUCCUCGGUGCGGUGGUCCUGGUGGUGGGACUGGUGCAGUUGGCUCCCGGGGCGGAGGCAGCGCAAAAUUCCGCCGCUCUCAUAGCAGCGGGCUGCGGUCUUCUGGUCGGCGGAGUUCUCUUAGCGCCUUUGAGAGCGUUGUGCAUCAGGCGACAGAAGGCUGCCCAUAAAGACGGUGCCCAUCAGCGAAGCGUGACGAGCAUAGACAUGCUCCUUGCGCAGCACAGAGACUUCACCGUACUGACGCCCGAUGAACUGGAAGACCUCGUCGGCCGACCGACCGCCGCUUUGGAGAGCAAAAUACGCAAACAGGGCCACAACACCUAGGCCUCGGUUGCGUCGAGCGAAUCGUCAUCGAGAAACGUAACACCCACCUCACCCCAAGGGAAAAAAACCCCGUCGCCACCACUCGCACCACAUGCACCACCUGCACCGCCACCUCCUCCUCCGCCGGCUUCGCAGAGAUCAAUCGCCCACGUUUUGAAUUCAACGAAUUACACCCACUCGCACAACACCCGUAAACAUAGUCUAGUGUAACGAUCCGCAACAACGCGCAUAGAGAACACGAUGAUGACGACGACGACGAGAAAACCGGAAAGAUUCAUCCUCGCGGUCAACUUAUAAUUACACUGUAAAUUGUAUUGUAAUAUCGUAACUCAUAAUUAAACAUUCAUCACUCAUUGUAUUCGAGAUAAAGUUAGAUAGCGGGCUUCGGAUAAUAUUAACGAUUGGAAGGAGCGCGAUAAUCGCGGUACAGGAUUGUUUUUACCGAGGAAAUGAAAAUUCUCCACAUUGUCCAUUUGACUUCCAUCUCACGCCGCACGCGUGCGGCAUCCUAUCGACGCCAGUCGUUCUUUUGAAUUAUUCGUUCACGCUGGAAAAUUCGGUGUUGAAAAAAUUUUCGACCCAAUUCCAGAUACCGUGUGAAGCCAAACGUGCGGUAUAACGCACAUGCAGCCGGUCAGCAAUUAUCGCGCAGCGACAAUCGCGAUCGCGCAACACACACUUGCGGGAUUUAAUUGCCGGCCAAGUUCGCUGCAGCUCCUCGUUAAUUGGGAUAGAUCGUACGAAUUAACGCGUGGGCGUUGCAAAUUCGACAUUUAUCCGCCGUAACACACAUUUGUAAUUAUAACCAUCUCGAAAAAAUCAUUGGGGUUUGGAUUCCGCGAUGUCCUACUGUACCGUGAAUUAAUUUAGACAAAAUCAACGCUGUGGUUGUUCGUCGAGGGGAAAUACAUAGUAGCCUAAAUAUCUACGUCGUACGAAUAGUGAAACAGUUGACACGAAUAAUAAUGCACAGUUAGGUAUAUGGAUAUUAAAUAUAAAUAGACGUAUGGUACGUACAUCUGUAGGUAAAUGAAUGAGAGAUGAAUUGAAAUCAUAUGUGAGGCUGCGGUUUGAAAUGAUGGACGUUGCAUUAAAAUCAUAGGAGUUAAAAAAUUUUUAGGGUAUUAUCGCGUAUGAAGUCCUAAGGUUAAUUAGAUUUUAAAUUAGCCGUCUAGGGGAUGCAGGUUUUCUAAGAUUAUUAACAUUCUAUAAAUAAAUGUAAAACUUCUACUCGUGGAGACGGCGAUGACGAAGGAUACGUGAGACAAAUUAUAAUGGAUGGGUGUCUUACUCGAAACUAAUCAUAAAAUAUAUUAUCCGUACGAUUUAGAUGAGAAAUUAUAAAUCGAUAGACAAAUAGAUAUCGUAAAAGUCGACAUGAUAUUUUGAUUUUUCAUUUAUAGCUUCGUUAAUUGAAUCAUUUUUUUGACAUUAUACUUUUUCCUCCACAGAAUUUCACGAAAAUGCUGGUCAAUUUCGUAACUCUUUUUCUUUCGUUUCGUGACAUUAAGCAAAAAGAAAAAAAAAAAAAUAUCUAUAUCUAAUAAAAUGUAUAACUUAUUAAAAAUAAUCGUUAUUGCUCGAUCACUUAAUUAAUUAACCAAUUAA